AUGCCAUUUGAUGACUCAAAAUAUAGCAUAGACGAAGAAACAAGAAGGCUACCAUCGACCCCCAAUUAUUUCAUAAAUUUACAAGAUUUUGAAAAAAAUUUCGAAGUUGAAGCAAAUGAAACAAUAUUAAGUCCAUGGUUAAUUAGUAAGAUUGGAAUAUUACAACUGAGAUUAGAUGAUAUUGAAUAUUCAAAUGAUACUAGAAGAAAAUUUAAUAAAUUAUCUCAAAGUCAAUUAUUUAACUUAGCUAAUGAAAUUUUUGGUUUUAAUGGUUGGUCAACUUCUAUUGAAGAAUGUAUUGUAAUGGAGAAACCGACAAGAGUUGAAAAGGUUUUAGUUGAAGAACGCGUCGAAGAAAAUAAUAAUGAAAAAGAUACGACUAUUAAUAAUGUAACAAGUAAUGAGAAUAAUGAAACUUCACGUAAUGAGCACGGUGGGUCUAAUGCAGGUAAAGAAAUUAAUGAUACAAAUGAUGAUACAAAUGAUAAAAUUAAUGAAAAUAAUGAUAAUAAUGGCGAAAUUACAGAGCUUAAAAAAGUAGAAAAGAUCAAAACUUACUACUCGGCAGAAUCGAUAUGUAUAAUAAAUUUACACUUAAAAGAUGGAAGUGUAAGGAAAGGUUAUGGAAAUGGUCAAGCUCACAAUUUACCACAAAAAAGUAUGGGUUUUGCAAAAUGUAAAAAAGAAGCUAUAACAAAUGCUAUAAAAAAUUCAAUUUUAGGAUUAAGAGAUCUUUAUUUUGAAUAUGAAGUUGGUCAAUUAAAUACUGAAGAAUUGGGUAUUGAAAUUUAA